UCAAAUACCACCACAAAGUGGUUUUAAAAACCACGAGUAGGACCAAAUGAAAUCAGUUGUGCGGAAGAAGCUAUUGCUACCUAGUGAUUGAAAAGGCGGGAAAGACUCUCACACACUCUCUCUCUCUCAAAAUCUGAUUACUACAUAUAGAACAGAAAUGGAGGAAGAGAGACACACAUGCCUAAAGCUGGUGCCCCAAGACAGCGACCCAAUCUUCGUGAAGGGCACCUGGUUCCCCUCCCAUUUCCACCUCUCCAUCACCGACGGCCUCCACACCUGGAUCUGCCAUGCCUCCCAAGACGACGUCCGUGACCGAGCCGCUCUUUGGGACCAACCCGUCUCCGACUACGUCCUCUUGGCCGAGCGCUACCUAGGGUUUCAGCAACCCGGCUCUGUCUAUCGCUUCACCGAUGCUGGAGACUCCAACAAAAGGUUGUCGUGGACUUUUGAGAAAGAAGGGACCAAGCUAGAAUGGCGAUGGAAGUGUCAGCCGUCGCCUAAUAGUAAGGAAACUACAGCAGGGAUAUUGGACUUUCUCAUGGAUGCAAAUAUAAGGCUAAGUGAAGAAGUUGUCAGAAAAACUCAAUCUUUUGAGAUGCUGAAAGUGGAAGCUGAGAAGUGUUUAGCACAGAGUGAGAGAAUUAACAAAGAGAGGGUGGAUUUUGAAUCUGAAAUAUAUGCAAAGUUUCUUGGGGUCUUAAAUUCAAAGAAAGCAAAACUAAGAGAUCUUCGAGAUCAGAUUUCAAAUAAAAAGGCUGCUGGGAAAUUGCCUGAAGAAGAGGAAGAAGGAUCCACUGACAAAACUGAAAGUUUUGAUGAUGGAAGUGACAAUGAGACAAGUGAGGAAGAACCUGCAGAAAAAGUUUCAGGCACUUCAAAGGAUAUUCUAGUGGGUAAGCCUCGUGGCCGAAAGAGGAUUGCACGCAUUUAGUACCUCACAGGUCAAGUGUAUAUUCUGCCAUGUUAGGCAUUGCCUUUCUCCCUUCUCUGCCAUUUCUGUUUUAUAUACUUUUUUUUUUUUUUUUAAAUUUUAUUUUAAGGGCGGGGAGGGCGGUUGUGCAUUGAAUUUUGUAAAGGUUUUCAACAUGUAUUGAGAUUUUUAGGUAGUAUACAAACUUAUCCGCAUGUCAUUAACAUACCACAGGCUACUUUUCUUCACAGCCGUUUCUGCUACUGAAGAGGAUUUAGUAACAACAGUCACAACACAAGAAUUAGACGUAGGCAAUAUUUGGUUACAAACUGAAUCUCUGCCAGUGUAAUGCUACAGUUAUCUGCAGAAGAAUGACCUCAGUAAGAGUGAUCUGGUAGAAGUAGAUGCUAGAAUUGCUUGAAAAUAGAUUGUUAUAGGACAGGUAAGAGUAGGAGUGGUACUUGGGAAUUUAAAUUGGAAAUUUAAUCUGUUAGUUAA